ACUAAACACUCAUGCCUCUUGAUUUGCGCUACUUCUUCCACUAAAAACCUUCAUUCACCACCACUCUCCCCGGCGGCGCGUCAAAUCCACCGCCCUCCUAUUCUUCUUAUGGCAGGUCUAAAGAGAAAAAGCAAUGAAGGAAACAAACAAAACAAAGCGCGUGACUUUAAGAACAAAAAACAACGUGGUGGUAAUAAUAAAGGGAAAGAUGGUAAAAGAAAAGGUCCACGUUUACCUAAUGCUAUGUUAAAAGAGCUUCAAAUAAGAAAAAGGUAUAAUGAAUCCGAUGAUGAAGAAAUUGGUACUGAUGAUGCUAUUAAUGACUUUUAUGAAUACGAAGAAGCUGUUGCUGAAGAAGAAACCAGAAAAAAUCGUCGGUUUGAUCCUGUUGAAAAUUUUCAAUAUGAACUUCCUGAUGAAUUUGAGGAUGAAAAUGUAUCUUCAGAUGAUGAAGAUGGUGAUGGUGAUGAGGAUGGACGGAGAGGAGACAAUGAUGAGGAAGAGGAAGAGGAUGAUGGAAGGCAUUCGCGAUUGUUGCAAGAUAUCACUGGACUUCCCACUGAUGCUUUUGAUGGCAAGAAGAAGAAAAAUGAUGUUAUCAUAUCUGAGGCAUAUUCAGAGUCUGAGUAUAAUCCCAGUCGUGAUAUUUUGGAUGGGGAUGGCCGCAUUAGCAUCCAGGAUCUUCUGGACCCACUCCAUGGGAAGUCUGACUAUAGCAAACUUAGAAAGACCAUGAGUCGGAUGGAGAAGAAGUCCAUGCCCAUUCAUGCACCUCUUCCGAAACCAGAUCAAGAGAGAUUGGAUAGAAAGGCAGCUUAUGGUUUUAUGCAGAAGGAUGUUACGAAAUGGGAACCUCAUGUCAAAAGAAACAGAGAGGCACCGACUAUUUAUUUUGACGAAGAUAAGGAUGUGGGAUUUUCUACUGUAGGAGCAAUAGCUGCUGAAUUUGAACCAAGAACUGAUUUUGAGAAAAAAAUUGCUUCCCUUUUCAAUGACCAUGAGGUCGUUGAAGCUCAUAAAAAAGAUGGUGCAAGACUUCUUGAACUUAAUAAGAUUUCUGUAGAAGAUGUGAGGGAGCGGCAAAACCAGCUUGCUAAGAUGAAAAGUCUUCUUUUCCGUCAUGAAAUGAAGGCAAAACGAGUCAAGAAGAUAAAAUCAAAAGUGUAUCAUCGUUUGCUGAAAAAAGACAGAUUGAAGCUAGCAGGUACUGCAAUGGAAACAGAUCCGGAAGCAGCCAAAGAGCAGGCAAUGAAACAAGAAUUCAAAAGGGCAGAGGAGCGCUUGACUCUGAAGCACAAGAACAGCUCCAAGUGGGCAAAGCGCAUCUUAAAACGUGGCUUGGAUUUGCAAGAUGAAGGAACUCGAGCUGCUAUUCAUGAACAGCUGAAUCAACAUGCCCUUUUGUCCAGAAAAGCAAAUAACAUGAAAGACAGUAGUGGUAGUAGUAGUGAAGAAAGCAGUGAUGAGGAUGACCUUGAUGAGGCUUCUGAUGGAUCGGAUCAGGAAGCUGCAGUAAAACUGUUGAAGAAAGCAAAGGACAAGACCACUCAAGUCUUAGAAGGGGAUGAAGAAUUGCCAGUGUCAGGAGUGCUUUCCUUACCUUUCAUGGUCCGUGGAUUGAAAAGAAGGAAAGAGGCAGCCGAUGGAAAACAAAGCUUGUCUAGAGAUAUGGGCAUCAUUGAAAAAGUUAGAAGACAACAACGAGCCAAAAACUCAAGGAACAAAUUUUCACGGUCUAUACUUUCCUCUGCACCUUUACUCCUGAAGACCAUCAUUAAUGAAGACGCAGACAGUGUUCAUGAAAGCCAACGCUUGAAGAUCUCAAAGGAGUUGAUGGGGUUUCCUCGGGCAUCUCCUAAAUUGGAAAUAAUAUGUGAACAAUCAGAAAUGGACACGGAUGUGCUUUUUGAGAUGGCUGGAUCCCCCUCUCUAACUCUUUCUUAUCAUCUAGACUCUUUUUCUUUGAAGCACACAAGGAUGUGGGAUUGUGGCCUAGUGGUGAUUGAAGUGGGUUGGGUUGAUCCACAAGGAAGAGUCUCAACAGCGGCAUAUCUUUCAGCAUUCUCAUACUUGCCAAUCCCUCCAAUGAUGGCAAUGUGA